AUGAUCUAUGGAUAUCCAUUUGAAGUUACGGCGGAUCAUGCCUCAUUCGUAGAUGAAGGCCGGCAGAUCAAUGGUCGCAUUUCCGGCGGUAAUUUGGCAGACGAAAAUCAAUUUCCCUAUCAGGCUGGAUUGAAUAUUGAAACAACGACGGGAAAAUUUACAUGGUGUGGUGGUAGUUUGAUAUCAAAUCAAUGGAUAUUGACUGCGGGUCAUUGUGUUCAUGGGUAACAUAUCCAUAGCAUCACGGGUGUUAUAGUAUAUUUAGGGUCGGUACACCGCCUACAACCCAAGCAGACAUAUCGGAUAUCGCUGGCCGACAUUCACAUCCAUGAACAUUUCAAAUCAUCUCCAUUGGAAAAUGAUAUUGCCCUGCUGCGUCUACCCUCGAGGGUGACAUUCAGUGAUGCCAUAUAUCCCAUAACAUUGCCCCGACUAUUUUCCUUUCAUCCGGCCUAUGAAUAUAGAGAGGCUGUUACUUCGGGUUGGGGUCGUGAAAAUGAUGUAUCUUCAAAUAUCUCCCCUUUUUUGAAAUACAUAAUUCGUUAUACCCUGACCAAUGAAGAAUGCCAAUUUGUCUAUGGAAGUUCUGUGCGUCCCAGUAAUAUUUGCAUUGACACCACCGGCGGCCAAUCAACAUGUAGUGGUGAUAGCGGUGGUCCAUUGGUUAUCUAUGAUAAUCUCCAGGGCCUGAUACAAAUUGGUCUAACUUCGUUUGGUAAAUCUUCUGGCUGUACAAAGGAAUAUCCGGCUGUCUUUACACGAUUGACAUCGUAUUUGGAAUGGAUUUAUGUGAUAUCAGGGGUGGGGAAUUUUUAA